AUUAAAAAAAAGGAAAGGGGAAAAAAGGAUCGAGCAGACGAAACCACGAAGAGAGAGAGAGAGAGAGAGAGAGAGAGAGAGAGAGAGAAUUGUCGAGAAGGUGAUGCGAUCGCGGAGGUGGUGGCCGGCCAAUGGUGCGGCGGUGGUGGAGGCGGUUGGUAGUCGUUGAUGGGCAUGCUGCAGAUGACGUGGCAGCCGAGCCUUCUCAAGUCGUUGAAGCGAAAGCACGGCGCGCCGCCCUUAGGGCUCCGGAACCUCGGCAACACUUGCUACCUCAACUCUGUUCUCCAGUGCCUCACUUACACCCCUCCUCUCGCUAAUUUCUGCCUCCGAUUUCUCCACUCUUCUAAUUGUGACUUUGGGGCAGGAAAGGAGAAGAAAGGGGAGUGUCCUUUCUGCAUAUUAGAAAAACGUAUUGCUCGCUCUUUGAGUAGUGAAGCAGUCUCAGAUGCGCCUUUAAAAAUAAACAGCUGCUUAAGGAUAUAUGCUGAGCAUUUUCGGACUGGGAGGCAAGAGGAUGCACAUGAAUUUUUGCGUUAUGUGAUUGAUGCGUGUCAUAAUACAUGCUUGAGACUAAAGAAGUUACAGCAACAACAAAGGGGUAAAAGUGGGAUUGCCAAUGGAGGGGAUAUCAGUGGGACUGGAGAAACAGUGGUGAAGGAGAUUUUUGGGGGGUCGCUGCAGAGCCAAGUGAAAUGUUUGUCAUGUGGAGCUGAGUCAAAUAAGGUUGAUGAGAUUAUGGAUAUUAGUCUUGAUAUUUUGCAAAGUGGAUCACUCAAAGAGGCUCUGCAGAAGUUUUUUCAGCCUGAGAUAUUGGAUGGAAAUAACAAAUACAAGUGUGAUCAUUGCAAGGAAAUGGUGGCAGCAAGGAAGCAAAUGUCUGUUCUUGAGGCACCAAAUGUUCUUGUAAUCCAGUUAAAGAGGUUUGAGGGUAUGUUUGGUGGGAAGGUUGAUAAGCCCAUUGCAUUUGACGAGAUAUUAGUGCUUUCAAGUCACAUGUGCAAAGGAAGCCAGGAUCAGCAUCCCGAGUAUAAUCUUUUUGGUACUAUUGUACAUUCAGGUUUCUCUCCUGAUUCUGGACAUUACUAUGCAUAUAUCAAGGAUGCUAUUGGUCGCUGGUACUGCUGCAAUGAUUCUUAUGUUUCGGUCUCAACCUUGCAGGAGGUUUUGUCAGAGAAAGUCUAUAUACUUUUUUUCUCUCGUACAAAACAGAGGCCUCGAACUAGAGUUGAUGUGGUGGCCAAUGGAUCUAAGACUCAUGAGUCAAAUGGCAGUAAAACAUCAAUGAUACAAAAGCCAGGUUGUCUAGAUAAACCAGUUACUAGACAAGUUGCUAAUCACCAGUCUGGAACAAAUAAUUCAACCAAUGGCAUUAAAUCGUUUAUCAACAAGUCGGGUUGUUUGGAAAAACCUGUUAACAUGAAAAUGUCUGCCAAUCAUUCUGAGAUCAACAAUUCAACCAACUACCUUGCCUCCAAUGGCACUAAAGCACCACUAAUCCAAAGGUCUGAUCAUUUAGAAACACCAGGUAGUACGAAACAACUUUCUGAUGAUCAUUCAGAGAUGUAUAAUUCAAUUGCUGCACUUGGGUCCAAUUCUGGUAAUUCAACUGGGGUACAAAAUUCAGGUGCUUUUGUAGAACCGGUGGCUAUUAAAGAGUCUUCUAACCACCAUAGUCAGAUGGGCAAUUCAACAAUAUCUAAGGUUGAUCAAGGGGUUUCUAGUCAAAAUAGGAAGUUUAGCAACUCUGGGAAUGCCAACAAUCUGCUUGCCCCUGGGAAUAUUAAGGUUGCUGUUUAUAGUAAGGAGUCCAGGGAGAAAAAUGGCCACGCAGCAGCUUCUGUUGUUUCAGUGGAAAAGGAGAAAACUGGCUUGCCAAUACAUGAGAGAAAUGGAAUGAGCAAAAAGUCGUCUGAUGUUCAGAUUAUGAAGAGGGGGUUAUCCUCCUUGGGAAUCAGUAAUGGAGAUGGCUCUUCUGCAGUGGACUCUUUUGACAGAAGUUCAGAUCGAGUAAAUGGCUUCAAAAUCGUGACUUCAGAACGAAAAAGUCGGAACCGCCAGGACUUACAGAAUGGCGACAUCAUGAGCUCUUCCAAUCACUCAUGCAUGAAGAGGAAAAUAGAAGAUGGCCGUUCAUGCAUUUUUCUUGCAAGAGACGAUCAAUCUCGUGCAAAAGUUGAAGCAUACAAAGAAUUGAUUGGGAGAGAAGCUUCCGCAGUGCUGAGUUCAUGUGGAUGGUCUGACGAGGUGCAUAGUUUCAUGCAUGAGAGGAAAAAGUUGUGUCAAGAAGCAGGCAAUGGCGCAUCAAAUGACGAUGAGAUGAAGAGUUUACUGAUUGCACAUGCUAAGAAAAACUUCAUUUCUAAAGUUCCUGAAUCACUGAAAGCAAGAUUAGUUGAACGUCUCAGAUUGUUUAGCCAAGAGAAGCAGACAUCUGGAAGUUGACCACAUCAGAUAAUGAAAUGGUGUUUGAAUUAUUAUUUGGCUGCAGGAGUGCAGUACUUCGAACUGAUACUAGUUUUGAUGAGAGCAUGAUAUGGUUCAUGGGAUUACUUUGGUUGUAAAUAGUCGGCAGAUGCAAAUUGAGACGAGCUGGUUGAGUUGGCAACUUCUUGAGGCGGCGCAGUUGGUUAAGACAGCAUUGAAAAGUGCUAUUCAAUCUGUACAAUAUUCUUUUUGGCAGUAGCAAAAUCCUCAUUUUAUGGACCCAUUAGAAGUUUUCUCGUUGAAAUGCGGUCUUAAGAGGAGUUUUGAUGGAUAUAUCCUGUUUAUUGUAACUCAUGAUAUCACAGAAUGAGAUUUCUAAUGUGGUAUAUCUAGAUUUUAGAAGCAUUGUUCUAUCUCUGCAGUUUCAUUAGGCUUGCUGAAUGUGGUGGCCUGUUGUAUAACUUCUAAUUGCAUGUGCGCUUCUCUAUUAGGCGUUCUGGAAAGUAGAUUAAUAGCAGAUGAAAAAUGUAUCCAUUUGUGUAAUGCCUAACGAGCUGUUGAAGGACUUCUGAAGCAUUCGUCUCUCCAUUUUGCUA